GAAGUAUUGGCCAAACAAACAUUAACUUGCUGACGUUUGAUGACCACGUCGCGUUGUGAACUGAGGAAAUUGGCUAUGAAAAGUUACUAGCAGGUUAAUCAUUAGGACAAACAAUGGUCGUGUUUUCGACCAUAUAAUGGAACAUAGUAUGGUACAGUAGAACGAGGAAAAGAAGGGAUGUAAGAGAAAGGAGGAAGAACAAACUUAUUUUUUUAAUCGAAGUGUGUCAUGGCUUCUCGUUCUUAACAAGGUCACACAUGGAUGAUGGGAUGGAGCUCCUAAAGGCUGCGGAGGCUGAGAUCCAAACUCCCCAUGUCCAGGAUCUCUUCCAUGAGGACGCACAGCGGUCCCAGCGGCACUCUCAACCAUGGUGGAGGGUGAAGCUGUUCGUUUGGGAGCCAGUCCUCUUCGGUACCUGGGAUGGAGUCUUUACAACCUGUAUGAUCAACAUAUUUGGUGUGGUGCUGUUCUUACGAACUGGCUGGCUAGUGGGAAACACGGGUGUGUGGCUUGGAAUGCUCCUGGUGUCUGUGGUGGUUCUUGUUGCCCUGGUGACGGUGAUGUCUGGUGUAGGUGUUUGCGAGCGCUGCGCAGUAGGCAGUGGGGGGGUGUACUCCAUGAUCUCUACUACCCUGGGGGGCAGAGUCGGAGGGACAGUGGGCCUGCUCUAUGUGUUCGGCCAGUGUGUGGCUGGGGCCAUGUACAUCACAGGCUUCUCGGAGUCCAUCGCGGAGCUGCUGACCCUGCAGAGUGAGUGGGUGGUGCGGGGCAUCUCGGUCUCCGUCCUGCUGGCUCUGCUAGGGAUCAACCUGGCAGGGGUCAAGUGGAUCGUCCGCCUGCAGCUGCUGCUACUUGCCGUGCUGGCCAUCUCCACGCUGGACUUUGUAAUCGGGACCUUCACCCACCUUGACCCAGAGCAUGGUUUCGUCGGGUACUCUCAGGAGCUUCUGAGGAGCAACAGCCUGCCAGACUACACCGCAGGGGAAGGCUUCUUCACCGUGUUUGGCGUCUUCUUCCCCGCCGCCACAGGUGUAAUGGCGGGCUUCAACAUGAGCGCUGAUCUCCAGAGACCUGAGCAUAACAUCCCAGUGGGAACGCUGGCAGCCGUCUUCACAUCGUGGUUCCUGUAUCUGGUCUUUGUGUUUCUGCUCGGAGCCAUCUGCACCAGAGAAGCGCUUCGCUACGACUUCUUAAUAGCGGAAAAGGUCUCCUUGGUGGGUUUCCUGUUCCUGCUGGGCCUCUACAUCUCCUCCCUGGCUUCCUGCAUGGGCGGCCUGUACGGAGCACCCAGGAUCCUCCAGGUCAUUGCCCAGGAGAGGGUCAUCCCUGCCCUGGCCUUCUUGGGACAAGGGAAAGGCCCUAACAAGACCCCGGUGGCAGCCAUCUGUCUAACCAGCCUACUGACCAUGGCCUUCAUCUUCAUUGGCCAAGUCAACAUCUUGGCGUCCAUUGUCACCAUCAACUUCAUGCUCACCUACAGCUUCAUAGACUAUUCCUACUUCAGCAUGGUCAUGACCUACGACCUCCAAGCCAAGGAGAGAAGCCCUGGCUUGGCCAAAACGAACAAUGUCACCCCCCUCAAACAGGUCAGCAAACCCCUGCUCGAGGUCAGCCACCCAGGCUACGGGACAGAGGGGGGCAGUGGGAGCCGAGGCAAGGGCACCCUGCUGGAGUUCACGCGAGACAUGGACCAGAUCUUCCCCCUCCCUACUGAGAGGCCUGUAGAGUCUGAGAAUGGGACUGGGCACGGAGAGCCGAGAGGGAAGAGCAAGAGAGCAAAGGCUGCUGCCAAGCAGACGUUGAUGGAUAGUUUUGGCCUCGAUCUGGACAGCAAUGCUUCCCCGGAUGAGAGAAGGGAGAAGAUGGACCCGGCUCUGCUGCCCAGGGAGGAUGGAGCUCCCCAGGGAAGCCUGGGAGAGCCGCCGGGGCUGGACAUCGAACAGAAGAGACGUGUCAAAAGAAGUCCCAGUCAGAGUUCCGAGGAGCCAGAUCAUCCGCCUGGUCUGUACAGUCAGAUCCAGACAACUCCUGCCAGGACUGAGCCAGAAUACCAGGGGUCAGAGAUCAAACCUAUGCCUGAUUCGUUCUAUGCCAAGUUCUGCAACCACUGGGUUGCUUUGAUUGGUGCAUUGUGCUCUGUGGUGAUUAUGUUUGUUAUCCAGUGGGAGUACGCCUUGGCAAACAUAAUAGUGGCUCUGAUUCUCUUUCUCUACAUUGGGAAAACAAGCCCUGGACUCCCCAUAGGAGUUGCAGCUCGCUUCAGCCUCUUUACAUGGCUCAGGUCCACCCUCAGCCACAUCGGCCGGGGCGAGCCACGUCCUCGCGACCAGAUUGUGGUGACACCUUCUCUGUCUGGCGUUGGCAUGGAAACCAAGCAGUUGACAGAGGAGAAUGUGGAUUUUGCUUCCAGGGACCGUUACCACCAGUCUUUCUUCAUGGAUCCUGGCACCGGUCAGAACAUGCACAUCUUAUUCAAGACUGACAGCUGGACACCAGAAGAAAGCAUGAUCCCCUCCACUGAGCCUCUGAGCUCCACUGUGAUGGGGACCACUGAAGCCACCACACAGUGGGAGGGCCAGACCCCAGACCCCCUCACUGACACCUACACUGCCCUCCCAGGGAGAUACAGGGCGGUGACAGAGGAGCAGAUGCUCCAGGACAGCCCAGACACGGCACUCAUGCUGGGGGACUCCACAGAGAUGAGGACUCUGGGUCUAUCUGUCCACACAGACAAUGAUGAGGUGAAGACAGAGAUGAGGACUGUGGGUCUAUCUGUCCACACAGAUAACGAUGAAGUGAAGACAGAGAUCAGGACUGUGGGUCUACCUGUCCAAACAGAUAACGAUGAAGUGAAGACAGAGAUCAGGACUGUGGGUCUACCUGUCCAAACAGACAAUGAUGAGGUGAAGACAGAGAUGAGGACUGUGGGUCUAAAUGUCCACACAGAUAACGAUGAGGUGAGGACAGAGAUAAGGACUGUGGGUCUACCUGUCCAAACAGACAAUGAUGAGGUGAAGACAGAGAUGAGGACUGUGGGUCUAAAUGUCCACACAGAUAACGAUGAGGUGAGGACAGAGAUAAGGACUGUGGGUCUACCUGUCCACACAGAAAGCACCUACAUCUCUUCCACCAUCACUCGGGCCGGGGAGAGGACCCUGCUGUCUGUCACCUCCAACAGCACCUCCACCUAUACAGAAGAUUCAAACCCCUCACAGUCUUCCUCCUGGGGGCUCACGGCCGGGGUCACAGGGUCUCGGGACCAUAACGACAGGCUUUCCUCCACCAAGGCUGAUGGUCUGGACUCUACUUCCCAGUCCCACCACCCUGCUAACUCCUCGUAUGAGACAGAGGGCCCUGGCCUCUCCCCAGUUACAGUCCCCCUGACAGGGCCACCUAGCGCCACUGAGCAAAACACCACUUCCUCUGCGGAGGACUCCUCGCCCAACUCCACCCCCCCCCUCGACGUGCUCGACAACAACACCAGGCGGCAGGCAGACUCAGCAGACCCCGGCCACUCUUCAGGAGGCGGGACCACUCCGGCAGAGGGUGAGGUGUCCUCGUCUUCAUCCCCCCCUGCCCCAUCGACAGAGGAUCGACCCACCAACACCACCCAGCUGGGUGGGAGUUCCUCCAGCAGCAUUGGGACCUCCACACAGUCUUCCACAGGGGAUCUCGGCACCCAGAGCCAGGGUAGGACAGAGGGGAUGACCUCCCAGACGGCCUGGGCUGAGGAGACAACCAGGCUGGGUCUGACCACCACACCACCCAGGGGCAGAGACGGCGUCACCUCGGUGGAUGACUCGCUGUCCAGGUUCUUGUCCAGUCAGCCCCCCUUCACCCCAGACACCCCCAGGCUAGGACUGGCCACUGAGGCCCAGGCCACUACUCCCAGCACCUCCACGCACGGGACCCAGGUCACGGAGGUGGAUGAGGAAACCCAUCGGGCCACGGCUGCUGCCGAAACCACCCCGACCCCACCUCUGGUCACCACCUGGACAGUCGAGCCCCCUAGUAGCAGCACCCAUUUGGAGGCCCACACCCAGCGCACCACCCCCUCCACAACCACUGACUCCAGCCUGGGCCAGCAGGCCUCGGCCUCCACCUCCCAGCACCAAGGGGGCAGUGGAACCCAGGCGCCGACUCCGACCCAGAGGCCCUCCACAGGGACGUCUCCAACAGACACCACCACGAGGCACCUGGAGACCUCCACCGCCACUCCAGACAACCACACCACCCACAGCCACCACACCACAGCCUUGAGCAUCAGGACCACCCCCACCAGAAGCACGCUAGCACACACCACGAGCACAAGCCGGGACACGGAAAGGGCCACCACGGAGGUGGGGGUCACCACCGCUCAGAUGGACGUCAGGUCGACGCCCACAGCAGGCAGAGCAUGUUCUCCUAACCCCUGCGUGAAUGGAGGGAUGUGUGUGACCCACGGUGAGACCGACUUCACAUGCCACUGUCUGCAAGCAUGGAGUGGACCGACCUGCAGGAAUGAUGUAGACGAAUGCCAGAAUGACCCGUGCCCCCUGGUGUCCAGGUGUGUGAACACCCGCGGUUCCUUCAGCUGUGAGUGUCCCCUGGGACUCGACCUGGAGGACGGACGCACCUGCACCAGGGCCAAGACAUUCCUGGGGACGUUCCGUGUCAACAACCCCCGCUUUGACGCCGUGCUCUCUAGGAGCACCACCCUGCAUGAGAUCCAGAGAGAGAUCCUCCAGCUGCUCAACGCCUCCCUGUCCAUACUGCCCGGUUACAGCCGCUCCACUCUAAGUAAAAGGGAGGAGGACGGCCUGCGCUUCUCUGCUGUCAACAUGUUCGCCGCUUCCACGGAGGUCACCGGCGCCCAGGUCUACCACAGCAUCCAGAUGACGCUCAGGAACUGUAGCUCCGCCUCCGCCCACUGCCAAGAGGUCCUCCAUCAUCAGCUGUCCUAUCACGAGGAGAGUCUGUGUCUGGCCCAAAAGGUUCUGUGUGACACGGAGCGCUCCGACUGCUCUGACUCUAGUGGCACGGCGUACUGCCGAUGCCGACCUGGCUACUUUAAACUCAACCCCGAAGACAUGUCCUGUAUAGAAUGCGGCGAUGGCAGCAAACUGGAAAAUGGCACGUGUGUCCGGUGCACAUUUGGAUUUGGAGGAUUUAAUUGUGGGAACUUUUACAAGCUGAUUGCUGUGGUCGUUUCUCCAGCGGGGGGAGCUCUGCUCCUCAUUCUCAUCAUUGCUCUCAUUGUCACCUGCUGCAAGAAAGACAAGAACGACAUCAACAAGAUUAUCUUCAGGAGUGGAGAUUUCCAGAUGUCUCCCUAUGCUGAGUUUCCCAAGAGCAACCCCAGAGUUUCCACGGAGUGGGGCCGCGAGGCCAUCGAGAUGCAGGAGAACGGCAGCACCAAGAACCUGCUGCAGAUGACUGAUAUAUACUACUCAGGUCUACCUAGCUUCAACACAGUGUGCUACCUGCAAAGACACAUCCGGAGCAUGUCAACGGUGGGGAGCCCCUUCUCCUCCUCCAGUGGACAGUCGGGGUCACAUAUCACCGGCAUCCUGCUGCUCUUCAUCCUCUGUCCAAAUGAUAUAUAUCCAUCCAAAAUGUCCCCACUGUAACUCUGGGUCGACAUCUACACAGUCAUCUCAUUCUACAUGACAACUACAAUUAACCUUAGGGUUGGUCAGACACUCAACAGAGAGCUGUUUUUAUUUUUGCUCAAAGCUGAGAAAUAUAUUGAAGACGUUAUGACAGACUACCAGCAAUUAUAGGUUUCACGACCACACUAUUAUUUGAAGAAUCAAGAAUCUGGACGAAUCAAUUAACCUUUUGUUAAGCUUGUGUACAUCUUAUGAUGCGCUGAUAUUAGUUCUUGUGGUAGGCCUACCUGCAUUGCAGAUCUUUUCUGUGUGAAAUGAUGUCAUUGCACUUCCUUGAGAACACAUACAGCGGCAUAUUUUACAAUGUUCCAUCUUCUAUAUGAUAUUGCUGUCAUUGAUGCAUUGUUCUGUCAGUAUAAUUAGGUAGCCUAAUAUUGAAAUUUAGAUUAUGUUAUUGUAUAUGUUUGCUAAAUACCAAUAGUUUCUUAGCACGAACCACUGAAAUACUCUUUGAACUGUGCACUUCCAGUGAUUAUGUGUUAUUUGGAGGCAUCACUUAGGAUAAAAGUGUCUGAUUAUUGAAUGCAUGUUAAUGCAAUGCAAUACCUUUGACACAAUAAACACAUGUCAAAUGUU